AUGGAUAGAUACAUGUUUUGUACAGUAGUGAGUCCAUUGUGGGUGCGUCUCCUGGGAGAGAAUAAGCCGGUGUCGGCCGGACAGCGCCAGGAGGUGAGGUGUGAAUCGGUGGGAGCGAGACCGGUGCCUCAUCUCGUGUGGUGGAAGGGAAGUCAGCUGCUCCCAAACUCCACGCAAGAGACAAGCACUGACGGCAACCGGACAGUGAGCACCCUGCGCUACACGCCUAGUAUGGACGACUCCGACUCCCUCCUCAAGUGCCGGGCCGUCGACUCCUCCUCCCCGCCUCACGAGGACACCUGGUCACUCAAUGUGCGCC